AUUGGAUCACGACGCUGUGGUAUCCGUGCUACCUCGUCGCACUGGCCCGCAGUGGCUAUUGAUAGGAACCGUCGCAUGACGGCAAGGCCCUGCGCGGCUGCUCGCCCUUUAUGCUGUUGCCAACCUCGUACAGAGACCUGCGGCCUGUUUUGAUUGCGAUGAACAGGGCGCGGGUUUGGGGCCUGUCAGGACAGCCAGAACCGCAUUGACAGCUGCAGAAGGGGCCGUCGAGAGGACACGGACAGUUGGGCCAGCCCGGCACAAUUUCACACCUCGUCUGCUCGUGCAUGGCAAGCAUGGCUGGCAUGGUAGCGGGAGGAUCGGUUUUAUCAGCUUGGUUUAUGCUAGCAAGAUAAGGGACAUGGGACCCAAGCCACCUGGGAAAUUCCCCGCCGGCGGCCACGAGCCCUUCACGGCCAGCACAGCAGCCACAGCUGUUGACCCCAGCUGCUGACCCUGUCCACCGCGGCCCGACUGCUUGCAACUGAGGGUGGUCCUGCCAGGGAUCCUUCGACCUCGCCAAAUUAGGCACACGAAAACACAGAAAUACAGGACCGCGAGGGCACCUGGGCAUGCGUGCACCUGUCCAAUCGUGGCCAGCCAUUGACGGUGUAAUCCAACGUGAGGCCACUGGUCAAGUUACACGCCGGCGUUAAAGGGGGACCACAAAGGGCCGAGCAGCAGCGCUAUGUAGCAGCAGCACCAGCAGCACCAGCAGCAGCACGAGCGCCGACACGGCGAUGGGCUCGAGUCAAGUCGAGGAAUGGAACGACGGCGAGCCGCCCUUCUAGGGCGUGGGGAAAGGAGCUAGUGCCUGGGUGGCAGGGUGGCAGGGUAGUCGGCGGGAAGAAGCCACCUGGGUUGUUUGAGACAAGUUCUGAGACUGGCCCUACCAGACUGGCCUCAAGCCUCCCAAGCUCCGUCAGUGCUGGCAGCUAGAAGGGACCAAGAUGGAGAGUCGGAUUGCAUCGACUGCUGCAGUCGCAGUCGCCUGACUUGGGAUGGUCCUCGCCCUACCGAUUGAUUUCAUUUUUCUUGUCUCUCGUAUUGCCAUGUCAUCAGGAAAAACAAACCCACGCAAGCAGGCAAGCAGGUGCUUUGGACAAGGCAGGGAGAGCUCGCAUGCAUGCAUGCUUGCUUGCCUGCUUGCUUGCCUGCUGGCAGCUCGACGGACUCCGGACGACUGGGCGGCCGUACCAGUAAAGCUCAUGAUCCCCAGCAGGGACCAGAGUGUCCAGUUGAGGCCUGUCUGGGCAGUUCAUUCGGGGAGGAUCAAUCACCUCAGCCUCUCACGCCCUGGUAUGAGAUCACCAUUGCCGUUCUGGGACGUAUUUCCCUCCUCGAACCCCUCCUGCCUGAUGAUCUACCCAGGCAAGCUGCUGCUGCUGCUGCUGCCGCUGCUCCCCCCUCGUCUCGCAGCGCAAACAAGCGAUAGGCGAAGAUACCGGAAGUCCCUGGCGCCUGUGACGCUCAGCCCCCGGUGGUCCGUGGAUCCAAGGGUCGGCUGAGCUCGAGAGUUGAGACGACAUGUUCAGACGAAAUCCUGCCGCCCAGGUCGUCCAGGUCGUCCGUGUCGUGAUGGCGGGCAGAGGCCUCUUCCCCGCACAUGCUGCGCCAGGUGCCAGGUGUUGACCUGGCAUUGCCUCAUGACACAUGUCUGACUUGAUGGUCUCGAGGCUCCUUCUCUCCUCGUUGGACAAAACGGUGCUAUCGCCGAUGCGCGCUUCAUCACAUCUGCUUCUGGUGUGGUUCGCCCCGUGGUGAGCCGCAUGAAUGACGAAGACGUGAUUGCUGCACGAGCGCGGGGUUCGUCCUCUCCACCACUUCGAGCAACAAUACCGGCGAAGGGUUAUAUGCCUUCCCCGCCGCCCGCCCUCUGACCGCGCCGGGCGGCUGAAGGGCGGCCAAGACCAAUCUACACGCACCAUCGCGAUCGUCUGGCGGUCUAGAUGCCAUUCAGGCAUAUCCAUGGGACAGCUCUUCCAAGCUUCCGGCCUGAGGGAACUCCCGUGUGCGCACUGCCGAGGUAGCAGUUGAGGCAGCCUUGCGCAAACUCGUCAAUGCAAUCCCGUCCCGCCAGUCUGGUGACCAGCGCAAUGGCGGCGGUCGUCGUCCGCGGGCGAGCCGGUCAGACGGCCCAUUGGCGGCGAUGAUCUUGAGGCUCCAAGUCCCGACUCCCGAGCCAUGGUUGAGCGGCGAAAGGGACGCAGCCGCGUUCGGCAUAAUGUAUUAGUCUCCUGUGGGGUGGCCAUAUCGGGCUGGCCCAGCCUCGUUUAAGGAGCGCGAGGCUGAUCACAACUGGAUUUAUUUUCCCGACCCCUGGCCACAUGCAGCCACAGUCCCAGGGAAACAAAGCUCCAACCUCACAUGAUCAGGCUAAUAUCAACGACAGACAUACUUCACGCAUCGACAUGGCCGGCAUGUGCUACUGACGUCGGCUGUGCAGUGCGCUCCUGUUUGCGGGAAGACGCGUUCCAAGCUACUGGGUAGCUUACGCUUUGAUUUCGGCACAAAGUCAGGGCAGAGGCUACUUGUGGCAUUCCAGGAGUCUUUUGAAAGGCCAGCCAGGGCUAGCAGUACAACGGUAGCAGGAUGACGGGCCGUAGCCCCAUUUCGAGGGUCGACAGAUUGUCAAAGACCACAAGUGCCCAAGUGGUUGCAGUCGGAUGCUACCGAAGGUGCUGCCAGUUGGGUGCAAGAUUGGCUCCCGCACAGACUUGGUAAUCGCCGGUCAGGCUUCUUUCUGGUGGUUUUGUGCCCUUCAUCGUGUCGCAAGGCAGAUGAGACGGUCUGGCUGGCAAGCUGGCAACGUCCAUCCAGUGCCGCCAGACCAUGCAACGCUAACAGGAGGAUGACUUGGGAUUGAUGCUACAACUACACAGUAGCAGAGAGCCCCACAGCUCGCCUCGCUUUUAGAGGUGCGGAGGAGGGGGGUGGAGGACGGAGGUUCGCGCUCCAUUUUUCCCGACCUCGACCCGACUCUUCGGUCACCACCACCCCAAACUGCUGACAUCAUGCACGACCUCGCCUGUCCCGACCCCGAUGCCUAGAGCGGACUCAGCGAUUCGCCCAUCCGUCUUCGCCGACGAUGUCGCGCUGCCUGCUUGUGCAGCUAGCCAUUGGAGCUGAAGACGCCACAUUCAAGAUGCGUCACUGAUGAACUGGACGGCUCUGCGGGGAACAGCGAGCCGGUAGACUACUGACUGUGAGUGAUUGUAAAUGAGUAGGUCCUCUCUCCAUCACCCGUCUAGUAUAUAAGUAAGAUCCCGCCGGUGUCACGAGAUAUGCUGCUGUGCUACAUCAAACCCGUGCACGAGAACCCCUCAAGAUUCGGAUGAACCGUUUGGUUCGUCUUUGUUCGAGACUAUCCCCGGCAGUGUGUAUACUACCGCGAACGGCCCUUGCCCUACUCAGAUGCCAUCAGCCCGCCUAUUGCCAUUCACCAUUGACGACCACCUUGACGAGAGUUGUCGUUGGUGCUUAGACAUUGAUUGACGAGGCGACCGUUCAACAUCAACGCCAGCCAUGUCGGCAACGGGACAACAGGGUCCCCAGGCGAUGUCCGGGCCUCCCUAUGCUCCAACCACAGCUCUCUUGGGUGGGCGUCCAACCGUCUCCGUCGACGACCCCAUCUGCGCCGUCCUGCUGCUCUUCUUCAUCGUAGGGGCUGCGACGCACAUGAGCAUCUUCAAAAUAAAUCACAAGCGGGACCACAAGUUCGUCUUCUCGGCCCUGUUAUUCGGCUUCUGCAUGGCCCGCAUCACAACCCUUGUCCUUCGCAUAGUCUGGGCCUCGCAGCCACGGAGCGUGAACGUCGCCAUCGCGGCAACCAUCUUCGUCCAGGCGGGCGUCUUGCUCCUCUUCAUCGUGAACCUCAUCUUUGCGCAGCGCCUCAUCAGGUCCUACCACCCGGCCCUCGGCUGGUCGCGCCCCCUGGGCUGGGCCUUCAAGUUCCUGUACUUCUGCGUCGCUGCGAACCUGAUAAUGGUCAUCACCGCCACCGUCGACUCCUUCUUCACCCUGGACCCCAACACCCGCCGCAUCGACCGCGACAUCCAGCUCUUCGCGGGGACCUUCCUCGCGGUGCUGUCCUUCCUGCCCGUCCCGAUCACAUUGAUCACGGUUGCCGCCCCGCGCGCGCGCCCCCGCCCCGAAAAGUUCGGCCAGGGCCGCCAGCGCACCAAGAUCUGGCUGCUCCUCUUCACCUCCGCCAUCCUCGCCCUCGGCGCGGGCUUCCGCAUCGGCGUCAGCUUCACCAGGCCCCGGCCCGCGGCCGACCCGGCCUGGUACCACUCCAGGGCGUGCUUCUACUGCUUCAACUUCGUCAUCGAGCUGGUCGUCGUCUACGCCUACGCCAUCACCCGCUUCGACAGGCGCUACCACAUCCCCGACGGCAGCAGCGGGCCGGGCCACUACUCGGGCGAGAGGGUGGCGAGCGAGACCAAGAGCCCUAUGAAGAGCCCCGUGAGGGCCACCAUGGGCAGCAGUCUCACCGUCAACCGGGAGAUUGAUGUUUUUGGCGACGAUGCUGCACUUGACAGCCCGGCCGAGCAGAGCAGGAGGCAGAGCGAGUGGGAGGCCAGGGCGCGGGCGGAGCUUGACGAGGAGCGUGUGGCCGAUUCUUCGUGAGCGCUCGUCGCUGGUUUGUUGUGUUGUGCGUCUUUGUGACCACUCUACGUUGAUAUCCCGGCUAGAUUACAAGUAAUGGCCCAGGUGGCAGCGGUAGUGUGUUGUAAUGCAUCCAUAUGGGCAUCAUUAGCUAGCGAGAUAGACUACUUAAUUGGAAUAAUCAGGCCAUCCGA